AUGAGCAAAAAAUACAGUAUUGAAACCGAGUUGGUGUGGACAAAGUCUGGCGACCAGCACAACGCCAGUGUUCCCCCAUUAUACCAAUCUGCCACUUUCAAGCAAGACUCGCUCUCCAACAUGGGCGAAUACGACUACACACGUUCGGGAAAUCCAACACGUACGUUUUUGCAGAACCACAUGGCCAAGAUCAUGAAGGCCACGCAGACCUUUGCCGUGACGUCCGGAAUGGGAUGUCUCGAUGUCAUUGUCAGAUUACUUCGGCCUGGUGACGAAGUGAUUGCUGGUGACGACUUGUACGGUGGAACCCACCGCUUGUUGACGUAUAUGCACAAAAAAGGAGACUUGACUGUGAACCAUUAUGACACAACCAACACGGAAUUGCUCAAAUCCAAAAUCACUCCGCGCACCAAGAUGAUCUUUUUGGAGUCUCCUACGAAUCCGUUGAUCAAGGUGUGUGACGUCAGAGCUAUCACAGAGCACGCUCAUGCUGUCAACCCGGACCUUAUUGUUGUCUUUGACAAUACUAUGAUGACCCCUUUGUUGAUGACCCCGCUCGACUUGGGUGUGGAUAUUCACUAUGAAUCAGCCACCAAGUAUUUGAACGGACAUCAUGACAUCAUGGCAGGUAUCAUUGCUACGCGCGACCCGGCUUUGGCUGAGCGUAUUUAUUUUGUGAUCAACUCGACCGGUUGCGGCUUGAGCCCCUUUGACCUGUGGUUGUUGAGUCGUGGAUUGCGUACCCUUGCCGUUCGUGUCGAACGCCAACAACAGAAUUGUGUGAAGAUUGCAGAAUUUUUACACCAGGCCGGGUUCAAAGUUCGGUAUCCUGGUCUUCGUUCACACCCGCAGUAUGCAUUGCACCAAAGCCAGUGUACUGGUGCAGGUGCUGUGUUGAGUUUUGAGACAGGUUCUAUUGAGAUAUCAGAGAAGAUCGUCGAGGCGACGGAGAUCUUUGGCAUUGCCGUGUCUUUUGGCUGCGUCAAUUCCUUGAUUUCAAUGCCUUGCAAGAUGUCUCAUGCUUCGAUCGACGCCAAGACUCGUGAGGAACGUGACUUCCCAGAAGAUUUGAUUCGUUUGUGCAUUGGAAUUGAAAAUGUCGACGACUUGAUCAAUGACUUGGCCCGUGCACUUACAAAAAGUGGUGCGGUGCGUAUUAACGAAAGGGACGAGUUGUAUAACGCCCAACCAAAGUUGUAA